AGCCGCCCUUCCGACGAUGAUACCGCCCUCUGUGCUCGCCGCUCGCUCACGCUCGCGGGCUGCUAUCACCGUGAAAAGCAGCGCACCUGACAUCUCGGACAGCGCGCCAGCCGCUUCGGAUGACAAAGUCGACGAGGAUCGGGUCAAGACUGUCCCUUCACCCCCGGGGGCCCGUCGACCCCAGGUCCCUUCUGUCAAAGCUCAGCCCACGCAUUCUGCUGUUUCCGCCGCAAGGAGUUGGCUAUCGGAUCACUUGGAUGCGGAGAUGCCCGCCAUGGCUUCCCUGGCAGACAUCGAUGACCCGCCCGCCUCUCGCGCCGAUUCUUCUCACCCACCCGCUGUCGCGGAGUCCUCGCUGCACCUCGCUGCAAACGGCGGCGGCUUUGACUUGACAAAGUCUCUGAUUGAGGAGGGCGCCGCCUUGGACGCGCCAGACGAUCUCGGCCGCACGCCUUUGCACCUCGCUGUCCGCUACAACCACUGCGACGAGGCGUGGGCGCUCAUCUCGGCUGGCGCCUCGCUCGACGCGAGGGACGGGCAGGGCCGGCAGGCGCUCCACCACGCCGCAGAGAAGGGGCACACGAGCCUGCUCGAGGAACUGCUCGCGGCCGGAGCGCGGGUGAGCCGCCUGCAUUGGCGGCCCUGCUGGCCUCGGCAAUCGGAGGAGCUCGGCAGCCUCACAGCCAGACCCGCCCUCGCCUCGCAGGUGGACUCGCGCGGCUUCCGCGAGUGGACGCCGCUCCACUUUGCAGCGUACUGCGGCAAGGUCGCGAUGGUGGCGGAGCUGCUCUCGGCGGGCGCCUCGCCCAACCUCCGCGACUGCGAUGGGAACACGCCGCUGCAGCUCGCGCACGAGCAAGGCCACUCGGGGACGGCGGCCGUGCUCAAGCUGGCGGCGGCGGCGAUCACGCCGGCGGCGGCGGAGACGCCGCAGAGGCCGACGCGCCAAAAGCUCAAGCGCGCGAUGUCUCGCCUCACCACCUCGCCGCGCCUCCCCUCGGCGGCCGGGGCCCCGUUCCGAGCCAAGCCAACGCCGCCGCCGCCCGCCGUUGCGACGUCCGCGGUGGGGCGCACAUCGCCGAGCACGGCGGCGAUCGAGCCGUUGGCCUCCCGCAACCGCGCCAUCUCGCGGAUCGCGAAUGUGAAGCUGGGCUGCUAAAAAGGAAUGUUCAUAUGGUGGGUUAGAGAGAGGGAGGGAGGGAGAUGGCGCAUACCCCGCAAACAAUACUUAGCAUCCGG